GCGGCGAUCGGAAGGAGCGCAGAUGUUUCAAUGAUCCUAUCGUUAGCCAAUGGUGUGUUGUACAUAGUAUGCAAAUCGUAGACUCGAUUUACUCAUUAGCACCAGAUAGCUGCUACCGCGCAAACACAUUGGGUGAUAAAAGCUCUUUGGUGAGCUCGUUUUCGCCAGUUCACCCGACGACGCUCUUCGCUCCAUGACGCACGCCGGUGCGUUUCGUAUGGAAGCUCUGAUGGAAAACCGAGUUCACUGUCCGUUGCCUUCAUUGCUGCCUCAGCAGACUCACGUACCGAGUCGUGCUCGUCUGUGGUCGAGUUGGUGCUGUCAGCUGCCCGGGACGAGACGCUCGCAGCGACCGAGGAGAUCGCACAUGAUUCGAGAUAUACUCGGAGAUUCGGUUUUGACCGACGACGGGCAUGGAUGCGAUGAGGAAACGCGGGAAGCGACUUCGAGGUCAAACGGUUACCGUCAUCGUUCGUCUUCGACGCCAGCCGUCGUCAAACCCACUCCCAUCAAUCUUCAACGACUCGGUCCGCCCGUGAGCACGGCAGCGGCGCUUGCCUAUCGUUUGGUUGCGUCGGGAGCCCCGCCGCCGUGCAGUUACAAUAUAUUUACGCCGCCCUGGCUGAGAGCAGACGAAACCCUACACAAAGGUUCCAAUCAUCUAGCUGGAUAUCAUGGCUCGGUGGAGGAGAUGUAUACGACCCGUCUACCUGAAGGAUACGAUCGUUCGUCUUUUUUUGGAAAAGACAAACGGAAAAAGAAAACGCGGACAGCAUUUACUAGUCGCCAAGUCUACGAACUGGAGAAAAAGUUCAAGGUAAAACGAUAUCUGACCGCUCCAGAAAGAUCGGAAUUGGCAAAGUUGUUGGGCAUGUCGGAAACGCAAGUAAAGAUCUGGUUUCAGAACAGAAGAACAAAAUGGAAGAAGAAAAAUGCGACCAAGAUUCGCGGUGAUGACGAGGUCGACCGCAAGGAGAUUGAUGAACUGGAAACUGUCAAUGAGUCAGUCAUAAGUGACAGGCAAAACUCAGACAGGUCAUCAGACUGUAGUUCUCCGGCUCAAUCAGUUGAGUUGGAGUCAUUACAGAAUUGAGCAAUUUCAUUACUAGAGGAAGUUGUGACUGUACAGAUAUACCGUAGAGUUUGAGAAGUAGAGACGUCUAAAUUAAAUUGUAAUAACAGAGAGACCGCCGAGUUGGC